AUUAUAUAAAAAUUUUCAGUUGAACUUAUACGAACAACAAGCAAAAUGAGUGCGAAUAAUUCCAGAUACGCCACAUCAAUGGGAAAUUCACAAGAUCGAUGUAGAUUGAAUAGUACUAUGAAUAGUACUAUGAAUAGUACUAUUAAUAACAUUAAUAAUCGUCCGAUUCCUUGUGUGUGCCCUCCGGAGAUGCAAGCUCCUAAAGUUAAGCCACCAAAAGAAGAAAUUAAAAAAGAAAAGAAAAAGGAAACUAUUAUGGAAUGGUUUGACAGAUGCGUCGAAAAAGAGCUGAAAAAGAGACGAGAAUCUAUAGUUGCCGAUCAGGAACUAGAGGGUGUGAAAAUUCCAAAGAAAGGUCUUCCAGUUACCGAUGAAUUCAUGGACAGAAUGGCUGAGUCGAGAGCCACGGGAAUCGAAAUCGAGACAAAAAUGCGAUUGGAACCCGACUCGGAAUUAUCAAAUGCCGUCGACAAACUAGCAAUGGCCGAGGCUAUGAUUUGUUUUGCCGGUGCGGUUAAAGCGGCCGAAGCUGCCGUUGAAUUGGCACCUCCGGAGAAGGCCGAAGAGGCAGCGGUUGAAGGAGCAAAGAGGUACCAGUGCUUUAAUUGUGUAAAUACCAGCAACGAAGCCUCAGCCGGUGCCGCUAAGCCCGUCGAAAUUAUUGGAUACAUUGGUGUGACAAAGCCAAAAGAUUUGUAAUAAACGAAUAAUGUUAUAUUAUACUCAUAAAAUUUUUGACAAUAAACUAAAUUUAUUCAAA